AUGUCAGUGGAGAGUGCAGGGCAGGGGCCGUGGCCCGGGCCGGGGCCGGGGCCGGGGCCGGGGUCGGGGUCCGAGCCGGGGCCGCUCUGCCCCGAACACGGCCAGGUUCUGAGGUGGUUCUGCUGCUCUGAACGACGGCCCGUGUGCGCCGCCUGCGCGGGACUGGGCGGCCGCUGCCGGGGGCACCGCAUCCGCCGGGCCGAGGAGCGCGCGGAAGAGCUGCGGAACAAGAUUGUGGACCAGUGUGAGAGGCUGCAGUUACAGAGUGCUACCAUCACCAAGUAUGUGGCUGACGUCCUGCCAGGGAAGAACCAGGGAGCAGUGAGCACAGCCAGUGCAGCACGGGAACUGGUCCUCCAGCGGCUGGGUCUGGUGAGGAGUCUGUGUGAGACCGAGGAGCAGAGGCUGCUGGAACAGGUGCACGGUGAAGAGGAGCGGGCCCAUCAGAGUAUACUGACGCAGCGAGUACACUGGGCCGAGGCACUGCAGAAGCUCGACACCAUCCGCACCAGCCUGGUGGACAUGCUCACCCAUCUGGAUGACCUCCAGCUGAUUCAGAAGGAGCAGGAGAUUUUUGAGAGGACGGAGGAAGCAGAGGGCAUUUUGGAUCCCAAGGAGUCGGAAAAGUUAAACUUUAACGAGAAGUGCACUCGCAGCCCACUACUGACCCAGCUCUGGGCGACAGCCGUUCUCGGGUCCCUCUCAGGCACGGAGGACGUGCGUAUCAACGAGAGGACUGUCAGCCCCUUCCUGCAAUUGUCAGAUGAUCAAAGGACCCUGACCUUCAACGCCAAGAAGUCCAAGACCUGUGCAGAUGGCCCGGAGCGCUUUGACCACUGGCCCAAUGCCCUGGCCACCACUUCCUUCCAGGCUGGGCUGCAUGCCUGGAUGGUGAACGUCGAAAACAGUUGUGCCUAUAAGGUGGGUGUGGCCUUAGGCCAGCUGCCCCGCAAGGGUUCUGGCAGUGACUCUCGUCUGGGCUACAAUGCCUUCUCCUGGGUCUUCUCCCGCUACGACCAGGAGUUCCGUUUCUCACACGAUGGGCAGCACGAGCCCCUGGCACUGCUGCGCUGCCCAGCUCAGCUGGGGGUGCUGCUGGACUUGCAGGCACAGGAGCUGCUGUUCUACGAGCCAGCCUCGGGCACGGUGCUCCACACCCACCACGCGUCCUUCCCUGGGCCCCUCUUCCCAGUCUUUGCUGUGGCUGACCAGACCAUUUCCAUCGUCCGCUGA